UAGAGUUGAGCGACUGCGACUUGAACGCUUCUCGUGGGCCGUUGUGCAUUGAUAUAUCUCAAACUUGUUCCAGAGUUUUCUGUUUAUUUCUAUUAGUGAAAUUUUUCAACUCCGUAUCACAGUUUCUGUGCAUCGAAUACAAACUUUUGAGCUAUACCUAGGUCCAUAUACCGCGCGAAAAGCAAGAAGCCGAACUCUCGGACUUUGGUUCAUUAUAUUCAUUUUUUAUUUCAUAUAAAUCGGAGCAGUUGUGCCCUCAUCUUUUUUGACGGGAUAACCGCGUGUAAAACGUUGUCUCAGAAAACCAUCGGGUUCGUCCGAGAAUAUAGAUCCGUAAAAUGCAGGCGAUGGAGGUGUGUAGGGUCAAAACGGGCGAGUUGAAGAUAAACAAUAAUGACAACAACAACAGCGUUAAUGACAAUAACAAUCGCACUAGCCUGAUGGAAGUUUCUAAAAUACCAAACCAUGUUUUAACGAUAAACCCAGUGUUAACGGUUGAUCAAAUCGUCCCUAAAAUUUCAACGCUUCAGGAACUCGUGGGCGAAUUGCAUGAGGCAUUUGCUACCGAUAUAGUGAACAUUGAUUACGUACAGGAACUUAUGGCUUCCUACAAAAGCAACCCUCAAGAUUGGCGGAAGUACGCAAAGUUCGACAGAUACAGGUAUACGAGAAACCUGGUCGAUGUGGGAAACGGAAAAUUCAACCUCAUCGUACUCUGUUGGGGUGAAGGUCACGGUUCUGCGAUCCACGAUCACGCCGACGCUCAUUGCGUAAUGAAAAUUCUUCAAGGAGAAUUAUCAGAGGUACGGUACGCUUGGCCUAAUGGAAAACAAAAUGAGAAUGAUCCCAGAACGGAGGAGUCGGCUAUCCAAGAAAUAGGCAGAAGUACAUUUCAACAAAACGAUGUCUGUUACAUAAACGAUUCUCUUGGGCUUCACCGCGUCGAAAAUCCCAGUACCGUGAACCCGGCGGUUUCGUUACAUUUAUAUUCGCCCCCGUUCGAGUCGUGUUCCGUCUUUAAUAAGCAAACGGGACAGAGGUCGUCCUGCAAAGUAACCUUCUGGUCCAAGUUCGGAGAACGUCGUAACCGGGAAAUUCAAGACAAGAGAGAGCCAGAAGACAAUUGAAGACAACUCGAUCAUACAGCAGUGUACAGCGCUCAGCAAGAAGGAGUUAUUCUUAUAUUUGUUAUUAGAUAUUUUACGAACACUCCUAUUAUUUAUGUUCUCUUUUUUUCUUAUUUUGUAUUAGAUUCGACGUACUAUCAUUGUAUGAACCGCCCCUCACCCCCGAUUUCCUGAACAUCAGACUUUAUUUUAUUGCAUGUAUUUAUAAGCGCAUGCUACCAGUACGAGAUGAGUGAAAUGAAAGUAUGAUAUCACCCCCAGAGCAUUCCGUUAUAAUUGAUAAUAUUUAAUAUUAUAAUUUCUGAGACCAAUCAAACUUUUGUUCGGAAGUUGUCGUUCACACCAAUAAACUCAGUUCCAAGCAA